GCGCACCCGUGCCGCCGCCCCGGCUCGUGCCCGAGGCCUGAGUGCGCCCGUGCCGCCGCCGCCUGCCCCGGUCCGUAGCUGAGUGCGCCUGUGCCGCCGCCAGCUGAUUGGGCCCGCCGGACGACAAGACUGGCGCGGAUAGGCAGAGACGACGCACGCCAUUACGUUUGUUUACUUGGUGAUUAACGUAACGACUCAGGAAAGAGCUCUCGUAAUAAAUCUCGUUUAACUCAUUAAAUACAACUCUUUCAUUCGAACCGACCGAAACACAACAUGGCGCGGUCAGUAUUGUGAUUAUUAAGUGAUUGAGUUUUAAAGUAUAUAGACAUGAGUGAGAAUGAGAGUGAGGUGCAGACACUAUCGGCCCUGCUGCGGAGGCAGGCCGAGCUAUCAGCCCAGCGUGAGGAGCGCCUGACGAGCAUGAUGGAGAGCCUGAUGUCCAGGGAGCUCUCCACGGGAAUGGGAACGGACACGACUACCGACGCGGCGGGGGCUGAGCGAGGCGCUGACGGCCGUUCCACCACCGCCCGCCCAGCCGUCCGCCUGCCGGCUUCGGCGACCCCGGCCCCGUACCUGACCUCUUCAGCCUCACUGCGUGAGUUCACCGUAUGGACGGAGAAGGUGAAGGGCUAUUUUCUGCUGACCGGAGCCGGUGAACUACACGUGAAAGGCCAGCGCGCCGCGCUGCUAAGCUUGCUAGACGAAGACUGGCACCGAGUAAUCCGUUUCGGGCUCGACCUGACUGAGGACGCGACCCCGGACACCGUCAUGAACGCCAUGGAGGGUCACCUGCGGAAGCAAAGAAAUGUGCUGGUGGACCGCAGAGAGUUCUACGGGCGCGUGCAGGAGCCAGGCGAACGCUUCGACGAGUUCCUGUACGAAAUAAAGGAGCUCGCUUCAUUUUGUGACCUCUGCGAGCAUUGCAGUGACUCACAGAUUCGUGAUCGCAUUGUCUGUGGUGCGCGUGACGAAGACGCUGUGAGGCGUAUGCUUGAGGAGCCCGAGCUAACGCUGAAACGCGCAGUGGACAUUUGUCGCGCGAGUGAAAAUUCACGGAGCACAUGUGAAGACCUGCGCGGCAGCGAGGGCUACUCAGUGGCGCGCCUGUCAGCUUACAGGCGGGGUCGCAGCCGGCUACGUGCCGCCCCUGCCGCCGCCGCGACCUCCGACCGGCAGCGGUCGGCCCAGCGCUGCCCGACGUGCGGCCGCCGGCCACACGCCGACCCAGACACGUGCCGCGCCGCCAGCGCCAUCUGUCGAGCGUGCGGCGAACUGGGGCACUUUGCAGCGGUCUGCCGCCCGGUGCCGUCGGACCACACCGUCGCUGCUCCAGCCGGUGGCACCCCGCCGGGCCCCGCCCGCGGCCCGCCGGCGCACAGCGGCCGGCGAGGGCCGCACGGGCGAGAUAUCCAGCGAGUCAUCGCGGACAUACAUAUCAGCGGAGUCUGUACUCGUCCCGCGCCUACAGUCGAGAUUCAGCUGAUGCACCAGGCCGGGAGCAGCACGCUGAAAUGCACGCCGGACACAGGAGCUGAAGCAACGGUCAUGGGCGACGCCGUGGCUCGGUCGAUCGGCAUCGAUCUCUCCCAACUGCAGACCGACCACCGGGCCAAUUUCACCGCCGUUGGACAGCGCCCGCUCGACUGUCUCGGAGCGUUCGGCGCAGCGCUGAGGCUGGGUGACCGCUCCGCUGACGCAACCGUCUACGUCAUCAGCGGACUGACGGGGACACUGCUCAGCUGGUUCGAUUCGGUCGCCCUGGGGAUCCUGCCGGCGGACUUCCCUGCCCAGAUCCCGAACGCGACGCAGCACAAAACAGAUGGUCGACAGGUAGCGACAUCUACAAUAACCGACACGCCGACGGUGGCGCCCGUGGCGGUUGCCGCCGGCAACGCCGCGCCGUCGCCGGCAACGUGCUUGCCGACAUGGGAGGAGGACGGCGACCCGUCUGACGAGAUAAUAGCCGCCCAUGCAGCCGCGAUCGUGACCCACUACCCCCGAGUAUUCAGCUCGGACGGCCCGCUGCGGGAGAUGGACGGAGGAUCGAUGGUAAUCGAGCUGCGUGAAGAUGCCACUCCAACGGCCGUCACCGCCGCCCGUCCAGUGCCGUACGCCUGGAGAGCGGAUAUCAAGGCCCAGCUGGACGAACUGCAGGCCCGUGGUGUCAUUGCACCAGUGGACUACGCCACCGAGUGGUGCCACCCGAUGGUCGCUGUCGCCAAGCGGCCGUCCGGAGUGCGACUGUGUGUCGAUCUGACCCGGCUGAACCGGUUCGUAAAGCGGCCUACCUACCCAGUACGGCCUCCGCACGAUGCUGUGGCCGACAUCCCGGCCGGCAGCCGCUGGAUGACGACACUGGACGCCGCCAUGGGGUACUUCCAGGUACCGCUCGCCGAACCGUCUCAAGAUUUGACGUGUUUCAUCACGCCCUGGGGCCGUAUGAAAUUCCUGCGAGCGCCACAGGGGUGCGUGUCCGCCGGGGAUGAAUACAACCGGCGCGGUGACACGGCCCUCGGCGAUAUUCCGAACACGGUGAAGGUGGUGGACGACCUGCUGGCGUACGACGCCACCUACCGGGACCAUCUGGCGCACGUCAUCGCCGUGGUGCAGCGCUGUGACGAACGCGGUAUCACUCUGAACCCCAAGAAAUUCGUGUUCGCCAGGCACGAGGUGAACUACUGCGGCUACCGUAUCACGCCGGACGGAUACACAUCAGAUGGGGAGAAGCUUCGAGCUAUCGCCGACUUCCCGAGGCCCGAGAACGUGACCGAUCUGCGAUCGUUCAUGGGUCUGACGAACCAGCUCGGUGGCCUGUCAUCGGAGCUCGCACACGCCGCCCAGCCGCUUCGAGACCUACUGAAGGCGCGCCAUCUCUGGAGCUGGACGGCUCAGCACGAGGCGGCCUUUCUGCAAGUCAAAGCAGUGCUGGCCGCGCCACCCGUGAUGGCGUUCUUCGAUCCGAGCCUGCCGACUAUGCUGCAGACGGACGCCGCCCGGACCAAAGGACUCGGUUUCGCGCUGCUUCAGCGACACGGCGACGACUGGCGGCUCGUGCACUGCGGCUCCCGGUUCCUCACGGACACCGAGUCACGAUACGCCGUGGUGGAGAUCGAGCUGGCCGCCGUGCUGUGGGCGUGCCGGAAAUGUCACAUCUACCUCGCCGGCCUGCCGCACUUCACACUGAUCGUCGAUCAUCGGCCGCUGGUACCGAUUCUGAACCAGAAGCAGCUGAGUGAGAUCGAAAAUCCUCGCCUGCAAAGGAUGCGUGAGAAGCUGACGCCAUACUCCUUCACUGCCAGCUGGCAGAAAGGAUCCGAGCACCAGAUACCAGACGCGCUGUCACGCGCCCCAACCAGUGACCCGACCGCCGAUGACGAGGCCUCAGAGGAAGCAGAGGACACGCUCCACGCGGCUGUGAUCGCAGCCCUGCACGCCGAGCAGCAGAUGGAGGACGGUGCGCGCCUGGCGCCGCUCGUAGAUCCCAGCCUGGAGAGGAUCCGAGCCGCCGCCGACCGCGACCCCGAGUACGAGUCCCUGCGAGAGACAAUUCUGCACGGAUUCCCAGAGCACCGGCACGAGGUGCCCCCCUCCGUUCGACCGUACUGGGGUGUGCGGGGCAUGCUGGCGCUGGACGGUGGCCUGAUCGUGUACGGCCCCCGGCUGGUGAUCCCUGCCCGCCUCCGACGAGACAUCCUCGACCGCCUGCACCAGUCGCACCAGGGCAUCGAGAGAACAAAGCGCCGCGCCCGCCUCUGCGUGUACUGGCCGGGUAUCGACCGUGACGUCACCAACGUGGUGUCAUCCUGCCCGCGCUGCCGGCAGCUGGUGCCGAGCCACGCCAACGAGCCGCUGUGGCGGGAAGACGACCAGCCGAGCCGUGUGUUCGAGUCGGUCUCGGCGGACUAUUUUCAUGUCGCCGGCCGGACGUAUCUGGUGUAUGCAGACCGACUGUCCGGCUGGCCGUACGUGACCAUCUGCCCACGGACUGCAUCGGCAGAGCAUCUGACCCGCGAGCUGCGCGCGCUGUUCGCCCAGACUGGAGUACCGACAGUUCUGCGCACGGACGGCGGACCGCAGUUCACGUCUGGAACUCUGCGCCGCUUCCUGGGCCGCUGGGAGGUGCGACACGAAAUAUCGUCCCCACACUACCCGAGGUCAAACGGCCACGCCGAGGCGGCCGUAAAAACAGUGAAAAAGCUCAUCAUCACGGCGUCCACUGGCGGCCGGCUGGAUGACGAGCAGCUGAGCCGGGGACUGCUGGAGCUAAGGAACACGCCGCGCGCGGACGGCCGGUCUCCGGCGCAGGUGCUGUUCGGGCACCCGAUCCGGUCGUGUGUGCCGACCCACCACCGUGCGUUCGCGCCCGAGUGGCAGCGCGCUGCUGCUGAGUGUGAGCUGAAGGCCGCUGUGAACCGGGAGGCGGCGACGAGCCGCCAUGACGGGACGGCCCGUCCCCUGUCCCAGAUGCGCAUCGGCAGCCGUGUGGACAUCCAAGACAGUGACACCGGCCGCUGGGACCGCCCCGGUGUAGUGGUCGGUGUCGGGCAGCGCCGCACCUACCUGGUGAAGACGGGAAGCGGAAGAGUCCUCUGGCGGAAUCGGCGAUUCCUCCGUCCCUACCGGCCACUGCUUGAGACUGGAGGGCCACCCGCCGCUGAGCCGCCCCGCGCGGCCGCAGACGGCGCAACGCCCGGCGAGUCCGUGCCCGCCACCGUCGGCGCAGCCGCACCGCGGCCGCCCCCUCUGCGCCGGAGCAGCCGUGCGCGCCAGCCCCCCGAUCGCUUGUCCGUGCGCUGGGGUGGUGUGACCUAUUCUCCGUAGUGAAGACGACCGCAGUCGUCUUGGGGGGAGAUGGUGUGUUGUCGUGUGUUUCUGGCGCACGAGCGCACCCGUGCCGCCGCCCCGGCUCGUGCCCGAGGCCUGAGUGCGCCCGUGCCGCCGCCGCCUGCCCCGGUCCGUAGCUGAGUGCGCCUGUGCCGCCGCCAGCUGAUUGGGCCCGCCGGACGACAAGACUGGCGCGGAUAGGCAGAGACGACGCACGCCAUUACGUUUGUUUACUUGGUGAUUAACGUAACGACUCAGGAAAGAGCUCUCGUAAUAAAUCUCGUUUAACUCAUUAAAUACAACUCUUUCA